AUGACAUCACCAGCACCCCCAAAGAGCCUCUCCCAGCAUGCAGCGCUGGCGAGCCCCGGAGACUUGGUCUGCGUUGCCGGUGGAGGCGCAGAGCAGGAGGAGGAGGCUGGUGGCGGUGGCAGCGGCCGCAGCAGCAGCGCUUCGGGUCCUGGCAGGGCAUCUCCCCGCUUGAACCCCGAAGAUUGCAGCCCCGAAGAUGAAUCCGUCCUGAGCAGGGCUGAGAACCAGAUCACCCAUUACAGAGCCCCCCUGAAGAGAUAUGGGUGUGGACAUCUCCUACAGAACUGUUCAUGGUGUGGCUCAUCUCACCAGCAUCUCCGUCCAGUGACAGCAAUGAGAAACCACCCUGACCAGCCUAACCUACCUCACAGGAUUGUUGUGAGGAUAAAAUGGAGAGGAGGAACCAUGCACACUAUCUUCAGCUUUUUGGAGGAAAGGCCUCCUCAAGGUGUGGCUGAAAUUGAAAAGCUGAAGGACACAUUUGCAAGGACCAUCUUUUUCCUCGAAGAGAAAAGCAUGGCCAAGGUGCCUUAUUCCCUAGCAGUUAAAGAGGCUGUAGAACAGGUUGAAAAAGAGGUGGCCCAACUCAAAGCAGGGUUCCAGAUAGAGGCUCACCAGUACAAAUGUUCGUCUUGCAGCACAGUGGACUGUCAGCUGCCCAUAGAUUGCCCGAUUCAGGAUGUACAUAAACUUCAAGGGGAUGUAACUCUUCUCAACUGUGAGGUUAAGUUUCGGCUUCCUUCAGACCCGACGUUCAGAUGGAAAUUUGCCAAAGACACCAGAACAAAGAAGCUUUUCCUUUUCAAAGACCUGAGCUUUGGCUUCAAUCCUUCUCUCCUUAUCCGGCCCACCCUGGAAUCCCAUCGUGGGACAUUUUUCUGCCAGAUUGCAGAGGAAGACGAGGUGCUUGUCAGGAAGUUCUUCUAUCUCAAUGUGACAGAGAAGAGGCUUGCACUAGAGAAAGAGUUGCAAGAGAUGUUCAAAGCCAUCUUGCAUCCCCCACCAAAGUUAGAGCUGGAGGAUGCAAUGGGGAAGGAGGAGGUGCAGACCAGCCUGCCCUCAUUGCCAGAGAUGCCCUCCUUGCAAGAGAUGUUCUACGCACCAGACUCCCUGAGCAAGAAGAAUGUCAUCUUCCUCAUUGUUGGGAUAGCCAUGAGCUCUAUGCUGGUCACCCUGGCAGCAAUGACAAUUUAUCAAUGGGCUACAGACAUCAAACUGUGAAUUGAAAGGAACUUCAUAGAACAUUCUUGUUCUCUUCUCAACUUCUUCCUUUGUUUUGCUGUGCCUUGGUAAUAACUGCAUAAGACAUGCAUAACAAUGACACAGUAAUAUAAUAAAAAAAACUCAUGUCAUAUAUUUGAGCUUCUAGGGACGAGUUGUGACUUUUGCAAUACACACUCAAG